CGCCUGCCAUCAGCUGUUGCUUUUUCAACUUUCACUUUGUGUGGCGGUUUUUGGAGCACUUCUUGAGGGGCCAAAAGUUGUCGGUGGAGUUGUGGUUCCGUCGAUACAGUUAUGCUGCAGUAAUACCCGUACACGCACGCAAUCACGGCAUAAGCAAACACCCAAACUCGGAAUCAGCAGACAUGGCCACCCUACGGAGUCGCCACAAUGGUACAAGUGCCGUGGAGACGGAUGGUCAACCCAGCAAUCCCAACAAUAACAAUAAGCUGGAAAAGGAAGGAUCUAAGAACGGAAAACCGGAGAAGAGUGACCCAAUGAUAUACAUCAUCUUCGUGUCACUACUCUUCGAUUUGCUGGCCUUCACCAUUAUUCUGCCGCUGCUGCCCUCGCUGCUGGAGUAUUACCGCCAGAACGAUAGUUCCGGGCUUUAUGCUGUGCUCACGGAUCGGGUGCGAUGGUUCCAGCAGCUCCUCGGUGCUCCGGAGCGUUAUAUAUCGGUGCUCUUUGGAGGCUUCCUCGGCUCAAUGUUCAGCUUCCUGCAGUUCGUGGCCAGUCCAAUCGUCGGAGGACUCUCGGAUUACUAUGGCCGGAAACCUGUCCUGAUGGUUUGUGCGUCUGGCAUAGCGCUAUCCUAUCUGAUCUGGGCCUGCUCCAGCAACUUUGCCCUGUUCGUUUUGGCUCGCUUUGUGGGAGGCAUUAGCAAGGGAAACAUAUCGCUGUGCAUGUCCGUCAUCACGGAUGUGUCCAGUGUCAAGACCCGGGGGCGGGGCAUGGCCCUGGUGGGCGUGGCUUUCUCGCUGGGAUUUAUUGUUGGUCCCAUGAUUGGAGCUCUCUUCGCCAUUUUCUCGGAUAAAAGUGGAGGCGCCUGGUUUGUGUUGCCGUCGCUGCUGGCUUUUGGUCUGGCUAUCGGAGAUCUAUUGGUGUUGGGCUGCUGCCUGCGCGAGACUUUGCCCAAGGAGAAACGUGUUAAGGAGAUCUCAUCCGCGCUUUCAUAUGGCCUGCAGUUGCUCAACUUCUCGGCCAUAUUUAGAUUUGCUGCUAUCAAAAAUGUGCCCAAGAAAGAUAUCGAGGCCUUGCGAUCCGUGGGCCUGAUAUACUUCCUAUACCUCUUUCUGUAUUCCGGCCUGGAGUUCACCGUCACCUUUUUGAUGUACCAUAAAUUUGGCUACACUUCGAUGGAUCAGGCCAGGAUGUUUUUGACGACGGGUGUCAUUAUGACUUUGCUGCAGGGUUCAGUUGUUCGUCGUCUACCCGAGGCCAAGAUCAAGAGUUAUGCCAUCUUUAGUCUGUACCUGAUUGUGCCCGCCUUCGUAUUAGUUGGACUGGCCGAGGGCAGUCGGAUGCUCUACGCCGGCAUGACCCUAUUUGCAAUCUCCACCGCCUUUGCGGUCACCUGCCUGACCACACUCGUGUCCAAGUAUGGCAACGAUGACCAGAAAGGUUCCGUCUUAGGCAUAUUCCGCUCCCUGGGAGCCCUGGCUCGUGCUUUGGGUCCCGUUGUGGGCUGCAUUGCUUUCUGGUGCGUGGGCUCGAGGAUAACCUAUAUUUCUGGCGGUCUCCUGCUCAUUUAUCCAGCCUUGGCCUUGCAGCGCGCCCGCAUUUAAGUGCAAUAAGAACAAAGUACAUUAACCACUUAAGAGAUCAACGCAAGUAUUAGCUGCACAUUAUACUUAAUUUAUUGUUUUAUACAAGUAUUUUAUAUUAAAACAAACAUACCAUUUUAUAUUUUGUACUCAAAAUAAAAGGGGGUUUUAUUUACUGGGA